GUUAACUGAUCCUUUUUUUUGGUUAUAACCUAGAUUGGUUACACAUUCCUCAUUGUUAUGGGCUGUUCACAUCAUAGUGUUAUUGCAUUAUUUUCCUUGCACAUUCUACCUCUGUAAGCCAGUGAGCUGUUGCCUGGGUUGCCAACACCUGUGCAAAACCAUGCUAAGCUCCCUCCAACAGCACAUGUGCUAUAUGCAGCUUUGAGCAUUACCCCCCCUCCAUCUUUUCAGGACUGCUAUUCAUAGCUUUGCUUGUCAUCACAUGAUCAUUGCCAACGUUGUGGCUUGGCCUGGCCCACCCUAUCCUCUUGUGCCCUGUAUAUCUCACCGACUCACCUCUAAUCUUAGGCUUUCACUGCUUGUUGUAUUUCCUCUUUGCAUAUCGCUCCUGAAAUUAAUAGUUAGGUUACCGUGAGUGGGGUGGCUUGGUUUACCUCUUUGAGAUGGUUCUUAAAAUUGUUUCGCUUCUCACUUAUUUGCUGUUCCAGAUCUUUCUUUUUGCUGAAAUAUUUGUGUUUUCAUGAUUCAGCAUGCUCAGCAUAUUCUUGCAAGUUUUAGAGCAUGAAUUCUGUCAGUGUAAUGUGUAAUGUUUUUUCUUGCCUUACAGUUUGUUCAUUUUGAGAACAAAGUGGCAAAUUUUUUGGAGUUGUGGUUUGGUGGGGUGGGGGCUGGUCAUUGGAGAAUGGCGAGGGAUGCCCCCUAGUGUGACAAAGUACUUUCGUCCUUCACAAUGUCAGGACUCCUAGAAAUAAUUCUAGUUUGUGUUCUUCCUUUGCUUCUGUAGCUUUGCACUGGAGUUACACUGCUGGCUUUGCAACCAAGAAGCUGGCAAACUUGAAUGAUUCCACACUUUAAACUUUCUUUAUACCUUGCUGUUAGAUUUAAAAAUGAAAAUGUACCUGUUCCUGCAACUUUUAAAACAAAAUUCAAUAAUCAGUGCCCUCAGAAUGCCAUUCUAGAGUUAUUGUAUUUUUACUCUGAAGAUACCAGUGAGAGCUGUGGCAAAGCUGGAAUCACUUUGCAAAUUUUGCAUACCAGAACCUUUUCCAUUUGUCUCUAUGUACAGUCUCAUAGGCUUUAGCACAGUGGUCACCAACCCUCCCACUUGAAGUAUCUAUUUUUCUGCAUUUUCCACCUCCAAUCCAAAUCUGACCCACCAAGGCAGUAAUGGGUGGAUCAGGUGGGGUUGAGUCUGCGGACAGGGGUGAUGGCCACUGCUUUAGCAUUUCGCUGUUGUCGGGUCAAAACCUUGUAUCUCCAAAAUAGUAACGUUACAGGAGAACAAAAAAAAACUUACUGUACUUUUAAUGUAAGUCAAUGGAACCAGACAUUUUUUCAAGUCGUUUUAGGUAAUUUCUUUUAGUCCAUUCAUCAUGAAAUUUUCCUACAAUGUAAAGUUGUAUUUCACAUGUACAUGUAUCCACAUGUAUUUUCAAAUUGUGUCAAAAGCUGAAAAACGUCAAAAUGGAGAUGAGGUUUUAUGAUAACAGCGAUAUGCUAAUUUCACCUUUUUGUAAAACACCAAAACAACUGUAAAAUGGCAGUUUGAGUGUAUUGAUUCUUGCAUAUUGUUACUAUAUUAAUAUAUAAGCAGUAUAUUAGCCUUGUACCUACAGGACAAAACUACAUAAGCAAAUUCUGGUUUAAGAUAAGAAUAAAAAAUAAGCUACAUUUUUGUCAGCAGCUCUGCCUACUAUAAGGCCAGGAAUCCCAGAAGUAUUAGUCCAAUAUUCUGCAUGAUCUUUUCUGUCUUUUUUCCUUUUUUUUCUGUUUCAAAGUUUUAAAUUCCAAAUAUUUGGUAAAACUGUACUUUAUUGCUGUUGUAUUGUCAUGCAUUUUAUCUAAUAGGUUACCUGGGUUAGUUAAUAUGUUGUUGGGUUUUCUUUAAAACAUUAAAUCUUUAGCACCUAGGUCUUCAAUCAGUUCAUAAAAAUGUUUGAAUAUUAUUUGAAUAUUAUAAUCACAUUGUCUGGUGUGAAAGCUGUCAAAUGCAUUGUCCCACAUUUACAGUGUUUUUAAACACAGUGGUGCAGGAAGCUACUGGCUCAAACAAGAAUUGGUCAAAACAACACUCAGAUCUAUUCAAAUCUGCGUAGUGCUGACACAAACUUAGCUGGCUUAGGAUUGUGUUUAUGUUUCUCAUAUGCCUGUUGGGUUAUGUUUGCCUGUUGUCAAUAUCUUUAAUACAAAAAUCUUACUUUUCUUUAUUAUGUAUAAAUAGAGUGUAUACACAUAAAUAACAGAACAACACUAAAUGUAUUAUGCACAGUAGAAUUAAGUAACUUUAACAUUGUUAGAGGUUAUAUGGCCUUUUAGCCUCUUGUUUAUCAAGUUCUUAGUAUUAAAUGACAAAAAUGUGAGUUUCUUUCAGCAGUAUUGUUAGCUUUGGUCAUUUCAGAACAUUGGUAAUACUACCAAUGUAUUACUACCAGUUGGUAAUACUACCAAUUGAUUUACUUUACAAAAGUCUUGGGCAGCCAAGAGAGUUAUUUAAAACUUUAUUAAUCUUAAAAAUCUUAAAAGGAAAUAUGUUUUGCCAGUAAAAGUAUAUGACACUUGAAUGAAUAUAAAGAAACAUAAAUACACAGAACACAUAACAGGAUCUUUUUUUAUUAAUACAGGGUGAUUAAAAAAGAUUCCUCCAAUUUCAAAAUGAUUAAUUUCACUUGUAAAUUGUAGCACAACAAUGCAGUAAACUAUAAACGGAUUAAAUGAGCAUAAAGUUUAUUAUGUAAUUUUACAAUAUGAACCUCCUCCAGCUGUACAGGCAACAUCAACGCCAUAGUCAAAUUCAUCCCAUACAGGAUUGAGCAUGUUGGCUGUCGCUGCACUCACAGGUCUUUCAGUGCGAUUUCGGAGAUCAUCCAGUGCUUUGGAACCAGCACCGAACGCUGUGAGCUGUUGGAGGUUCGCUGCCCACGAAAAUCACGCUGCACAGUUAUGACAGAUUCACUCUUAUUGAAGUGGAGAACGCAGAAGGCUUCCUGCUCAGGGGUCUCCUCUCCUCUCAGACUGAAGGGAGACAUCUUCCACUAACAGUCAGAAACUCUAUGACUCCCUCUUUCAUUUAGAUUGUGGUUGGUUUCUAGACACCUCACGGUUGUAAAAAUAUGCCGCUUUGAAAUUGGAUUGAUCUUUUUUUAAUAACCCUGUAUUUUGGAAGAAUAUUGUUAAAAGAACAUAGGUUUGGUUUUGACUUCUCGGUGCACUCUGUUCACUGUGUGGUAUGAAAUUGUUAAAUUCCAUCAAAGUACAUUUUAUUUUGAUAAUUUAAUGAAGGAUUAGUUAAUGCAGGAUUAAUAGUUGGAUUCCUCAGUGCUUGAGUUAACACAGAUAUGACAGACAGUGAACACUUACUGUACAGAUAAAUGGCUUUAUGUAUUUUCUCAAGACUUUAAUACCAGAUAAGAUUUAAAGCUAUAUAUUAAGGCAUUUUAAAAAUGUACAAUAAGUGCAGGUUUGUACCUGCUAGUGAAUAACCUUUAAUAUUUAUUAUUAACAAGUCAAAACAAAUUUAGGGUUUUUCAAGUCUCCAAGCAAAUUGAGAUUAAUUUAUAAUAAGUUGCUAUUAUGAUGAUUAUUAAAGUCUAGUAAAUGUACAGUUGUACAGUGUCUUUAUUGCCAUAAUUGUAGUACAUUUAGCUUUGACAUAUGAACAUAUCCACUUAGUUAUUCAGGGUAAUAUGUUGGUUCAUAUUGAUAAUUAUUAGCAUAUAGUUAUAGAAAUAAUAAUGAAUAAUGAAAAAUUGUAGAAAGAAUAUAAAAAUAUCUGUUACCCAUACAGUUGAUGCACUGUGGUAAGAGUUCAUGUUUUAAUCCUUUACGUAAUAACUUUCUGUGUCUACUGGAUUUUCUGUUUCUACUGUAUUUCCUCCUCUGUGGGCUCCAUAACAUGCUGCAUCUUAUAAUAGACUUCUUUCAUAAUCUGACAUUAAAAUACAAAGUAAUAGUAGCUCUGUAUAGAUGGACAGUUGGAUCAUGUGUGCUCUAAUCAGACAGGCCUAAUCUUAUUUACUGCGAGGAAACAGUGUCCACACUACAAAUCAUCCACUUUGAUUUUAAUAGUUUGGAUGAACCUGGGAACUUUGCAUCACUCAAACUAGUUUCACAAUGUAUUCUUACUUUAAAAUGUGAAAACAUUGAGAAUUUGAUGCGUUUCGGUGUGAAAAUGGAACUAUGAUCUCAUGUAAAAGUCACUAGAGACGAGGGCUGAGAUCAUUAAAGAGGUCAACCUUAUUUCUGCAUUUAUCUGCCACUUAAUCUAAAGUUCAUAAUUAGUCGUCUUAUUCAGAUUAAGGGUUUGGUUGAAGGUUUGCCCUCCUGAAGGUUGUGCUUUGCCUCGCAGGAUGAGAAGUGUUAGUGUGAAUGAAGUGGAAAAGAAUAAUUUUUUUUUCUCAACAGUUCUUAUGACCUGUAAUGAUUUUAGGGUCCUUUUUGUUUGUUUGUUUGGUGUGUGGCAUUUUUUUUUUUUCUAGUUUCUUGUGCUUUCAAAACUUAUUUCUUUUGAAGCUAAUAGUCUUUACGUAUUAAAGCAAUUGGUAAACCAUUGUUAGUCGUUGAUUCACCUUGUUUCCUAAAGAGUUUAAGAUUUUGUUGUAAUAAAUUUCAAAGCAGGCAACAUUUUUGUGGCAGUAGGUGCUCAUCAAACUAUUUCAUGUUUAAAAACAAAACAAAAAAAAAAAAGCUUAAACGUGAUCCAGUUUCUGUGUAAUUGUAGACUUAUAAUGCUGUAUUAGUUUAAUCCUCCUACUUUGUGUUGCAUCAGGGCAUUAUUCCCACAUAUUUGAGCAUUUGGAAUGGUAAGGCCAGACUGGAGGAUGAAUAGAAUGUGGCUAGAUUGGAAUUCAUUUACAGACAAUGCUUUGCUUUGAGAUGUGUUGUAUGAAAACACCAGCGGCUUUGGUCUGUUGCCUUCCAUCGGUUCUCUACAGAAGAAAUUGCUCAUUUUCAUCCUUCCAUCUUCAUUGCCCCAUCUCUGAGUGUGUAUGUCUUGAUGGAAUUCCCUCAGGUUUCAUUAUUCUUUUCAGAUGUAGACCUUUUGAAAAGAUUUUAAAAAGUUAUAGUAGUUUAAUUAUAUAGUUCCCACUUCUUCAAUGGCUGCCCACCACCACCACUCUUUCUUAUUCUGUCAUCAUAACACUGUGUACAUCAUUCUGUUGUGAAUCCUCUAUAUGAAUGCUUUUAAAAUGUCUUGAAAUGUGGUACUUGACAUUGUUUAUACCUCAUUCCUCAAAUAGGGCCCAAAGUAGGCUUGAGACAUGGAUCAUUUUGGAUUUUGAAGGCUCACUGCUGAUGAGUUCCAUUUUUAUUAAUUAAUUCAACUCUAAACAAAUUCCUUUUGUUCUUUUAAAAGUCAUUUUCAAUGGUCAGCUUUUAUUACUCAUUCGUUGUCUCGUUUUUAUUCCAGGAAUUUCCCUCUGAAGCAGGGAGUGUCUGCAUAUAAAAUGGUCUGCAGUUCUCUGCUUCAUAGAUGUACAUGACAAGAAUACAAGAUGAAAGCUGUUUUUUGGCACGAGAUGCCUCCUCCAUCUCCUCUGGUAUGACCAUGGGAAGUCCCAGCAGUGCUUUUCCCACCUCUUCCAGCUUCGGCAUGCACUCCUCUACCUCAGCCACAGACCGGGGCCCGGUGCAUGAAAACAGCACACCUGGUGAAGUAGGUAGCCGUAGGAAGGCAGAGAUGCUGGCUGCAGAAGGUAAACUGCCCAGUGGCAGUGGCGGAAGUGGAAGGGGGUGUGGAGAGAAGGGCGGGGGAGCCUCUCAGCAGCAGCACCACCAUCAAAUGAUGCCCUCCAAACGACCCGUCUUGAACAUCUCGCCCCCGCCAGAAGACCUUUUUGAUGACAGCCACAUGUCGGGAUGCCAAGACGACCUGCUCCAGGACUCAGAGCAGAGCAACAGUAUCUGGACAGAAAACUCUGUCUCAAACUUCAGCCUCAUGAGCUCUAGCUCCUACAAUGAUAACACAGAGGUUCCUCGAAAGGCCCGGAAGCGCACACCACGCCAACGGCCUGGGUCAAAGCCGGCGUCUGCCGAAGAAACCAAUAUGGACGUCUUUGAUGCGGACAGUGCCAAAGGCCCACACUUUGUGCUCUCUCAGCUUGGCCCAGACAGCAAGGCCUGUGUCAAAACAAGCUCUAACGGAAACCAGGCUUCUGGUCAGAAAGGCGGGAUAUUGUCUGGCCAGUACCCACAGAAGAGCGAAGGGAAAGAGCUGAAGAUCCUCGUCCAGCCGGAGACCCAGCACAGAGCCCGUUAUCUGACUGAAGGCAGCCGGGGCUCCGUGAAGGACCGCACACAGCAAGGCUUUCCUACCAUCAAGCUUGAGGGGAUGAAGGAACCAGUAGUUCUGCAGGUGUUUGUGGGCAAUGAUGCUGGCCGUGUGAAACCUCACGGAUUCUACCAGGCCUGUAGAGUGACGGGUCGAAACACCACUGCCUGCAGAGAAGUAGACAUUGAGGGCACCACUGUCAUCGAAGUGUCUCUGGACCCCAGCAAUAAUAUGACUCUCGCUGUGGACUGUGUGGGGAUCCUGAAGCUCCGGAAUGCUGACGUGGAAGCUCGCAUCGGUGUGGCCGGAUCCAAGAAGAAAAGCACCCGUGCCAGGCUGGUGUUCAGAGUGAACAUCGCUCGAGCAGACGGCUCUGUGCUCACGCUACAAACGCCCUCCUCUCCCAUUCUGUGCACCCAGCCUGCAGGUGUUCCUGAGAUUCUGAAGAAGAGUCUACACAGCUGCUCAGUACAAGGAGGUGAAGAAGUGUUUAUCAUUGGAAAAAACUUUCUCAAGGGAACAAAAGUCAUAUUUCAAGAGAACGUCUCAGAUGAAAAGUCUUGGAGGGCUGAGGCUGAGAUUGACAUGGAGCUUUUCCAUCAGAACCAUCUUAUUGUGAAAGUUCCACCAUAUCAGAAUCAAGCCAUCACCUGUCCAGUAUCUGUCGGGAUCUAUGUAUUGACGAAUGCUGGACGUUCCCAUGAUGUGCAGCCAUUUACCUACACUCCAGAUCCAGCUACAGAUGUGUCUGUGAAAAAAGAGACCUUGCCUCCAGUCAAGCCCUGUUCCUUUGAACAGAUCAAAGUAAUGGAUGGUGGUUUGAUGGUCCCAAUCUUGCCUCUUGUCAAAAGCGAAGAAGUCACUCCCAUGGAGGUCUCCAGUAACACUGGAAACUUUAAGCAGACCUCAGAUCUGAUGAAUUCAGCCCAGCAGACGCUAGAAAUUAAUAACAACAUCUCUACCAACAGUCAGUCAUUCUCAAGCUCUCUGGCCUGUCAACCAGCAGAACAAGAACAGCCUCAGAGUUCUGUUUUCUCCAGCAAAGAACCAUUAAGUACCAUUCAGAAGCAAGACAUUGCACCCAACAGCUCCUUCCAUGUGCCUGGUAAACCGCUGUUGCAGCAAGGGACCCAGCAAUUCCUUUUGGAUACUGAGAGUUUGACCCAGGAGAGGUCUGGCAGCAGUACUGGUACAAUGGUGGGACUUUCCCAAAUGGACGACAGCCCACAGCAUCAACUGUCUCUCUUGCCUCCAGAUGAGGUGGCGCAGCUGGAGCAAGCAGUGCGACAGCUGCAAGCAAAGGGAUUUUGCAACAUUCAUCUUCAGUCCGAAGAUUCGCUGGCAAAAAAGCAGCAGCACCGACUUCAGCAGCAUCAGCAAAUGCAGCAGCAGAUCCAGCAGCAGCAACAGCAGCAGCAGCAGCAGAUGCAACAGCAACAAGUUCUGGAGAACCUGCAGCAUCAGCUUUUUCAUCCCCAGGUUCAAAUGCAGUGCAGUCCAGAGCAGCAGGGCUCCUCGCAAAGCAUAGUGGAAAACAACAAUGCACUUUUCCAACAGCCAUCUGCACAACAGCAGCAGGCUGCUCUGUUUCAACAAGCAAAAGAUCUCAUCUCCAUUCAAACCAGCUAUCUUCAGCAGACACCCUCUCAUUCCUCUCCUCCCUUGUUCCACACUUCCACCUCCUUGGCUGAGGCCCAAGCCCCCCAAGAGGCAAUGUUUCACACACAGAAAACCUCACCUACCCAGGAGCAAGUCCAGGCUUCCCUUUUCCAGAACACUAUGAAUGUUCUUGAUGGGUCCAGUUUGUCUGCAGAACCUCAGCCUUCUGCAACCAGUAUGUUUCUUUCUCAGAGUGCCUUACCUGGUCAGCUCGCAGUGAAUAACAACCAGUCACAACAGCUCGCUUUCCUCAGCUCAAUGCAGACAUCUGCCCUUGAGGCGCAAUCUGUGUUCCAAGCCUCUGCCCAACUGGCUCCCAUUCAGCAGAGCACACCCAUGGACCAGCAGUCCCCACAACAGACCUCACAAACCCAGCCGGGCUCUCUGUUUCAGGGUAUCUCCCAGUCAUCAAAUGCCAAGCUGUCCCCUAACCAACAGCAGGCUGGGUUGCUCUUUAACUCUCUGAGCUCAGCAGUGGCACCAGAACAGAAUUCUGGUCUCUUGUUCAGUGGUCAGCCUCAGAUGACCUCAAUGAAUAGCAGCAGCCUGAUUUCCUCAGAGCAGCAGAAUGCAUCACGCCCUUUUGCCCAGACCAGCCUGGUCACGGUUAGGCAGGAAGAGGCCUCUGAGCCCAUGUCCUUUCAGGAUCAGAGCACUGAUGUGGCAAAUCAGUCUGCAAGUAAGCAAACCAUGUUUCAGGAACAACAGCCCAUGCAGCUUGCACCGAGUUCAGGCACCAGCUCAGGCAACCUUUUUGUGGCACAGCCCAAUAUGCCAAGGAGCAUUGCCUCCCAAGAGGCACUUUUUGCUCCACAGAAUGGUGUGGCAGGACUUCAGACCACCACCUCCUCACCAGUGCAACAGCCUGGAUCCCUGUUUCAGACAACAGUGAGUGGAAGCCUCAACCAGCCAAGCCAGAACCAGCAGCCUAGCAUCUUCCUUUUUGAAAUACAUAAUGAUUGCACUCAGCUGAUGAACUCCCAAGGAACCACACUCUCAGACCAGAUCAUUGCCAUAAGCCAGUCUGGUCAGAACCAGAGGGAGAGUGAUGGGCACAUCCAUUCCUUACUCAACCAGUCCAUGUCAGAAUCUGGGAAUAUUCAAAAUGUUCUAACCACCUCCCAAAACAUGGAGAAGAUCGAUGACCUCCUUGUGAGCCUUCAGGAGCAAGGCAAGAACCACCCUCAUUCCUACUAGGACCUUACAGAUCCCACAGACAGGCUUGGAGAAAACCGGGGAAGUCAUUAUGGGUCAAUGGCUGAAGGGUGAAAGCUGUGACGACUUGAGCUACGUAAAUGUAUCAUUCUGAUAUCAGCGCUACAGAGAACAUCAGCAGAAAGUUUACUGGUGUGGAGGUCAAGGAGUUACUUCAUUCAUGCCUUAGUUGAACAGUGUCACUACAAACAAAGAUUUCCAAGAUAUGCUGUGUCUGUCAAGUCAAGCACAGCACACUUUUGUGCUGUUUGUCUUUAGCUGUGAAUGAAACAUAUCAUGAAAUAUGGAAUGUUUGGUCUUUUUGUCAGUUCUCAGCAAGCACUUUGCUUUUUUAUGAAGUCGUAUCAGCAAGUAAACACAUUUUGAGCUCACUUUUCUUGUGACUGAUGCAUUUUUGCCAGUCAUGUUUUUUUUAAUCUUGUACAUUAAUAAGAUUAUGAAAGGUUCAAACAAAAAAAAAAACAACAAAAAAAAAACCUUGUAACAUAUUUUGACAUUUUAUCCUGGUAGCACUUCAUUUGUUUAGAUGUUUGUUUAGCACUGUUGGUCUCAACUCCACCCUCCUUCAUGCUUUCAGUCUCAACAUGAUUUAGACAGUGCUAAAAACUUGCAUAAUCCAUCGUUUGUAAUCAUCAUCUCAUGUAGCUUGUGUAGUUUAUGAAAUGUAAUGUUCUGAGAGUUUAUCUCUUUCAAAAUGUGUCUAUUAGUGCGUUUAUUGUGACAAAGGAGAUGUUUACUGCUCUACAGAUUCUAAAAAAUUUACAUAUCUCGCUAGAUGAUGCCUCUGUGCUUCGUUUUAUUGCUUACUAGCGUCUGGCACGCUGGUGGUGGGCAGUUUGACUUCUUAUUAUCAAACAAGGUCCUACUACCAACAGCUUUUUACCAGGUUAUCUUGCCUUGGUGCUACACACAAAAGGAAUACAACCUUUUAUCACCCAUUUAUCCUUAGCAUAUUAACUUUGUACAUAUUCUCAGUACAGAAUAAAUACAUAAAAAAUUUUCAGCUAGUAGACGACCCGUCAACGCCUCAACUUCUAGCCUCAAAACAGCACCACCUUUUACACACUUUAUGAAAACUUAGGCCAGUUUUAUGGCUCAGAAGGUUUUGGUAAGUAGGGCUGCUUUGUUACAAAUGGAAGAGAAGAAUGUGAAGUGAGAUGCAGAAUUUUGCUCUCAAAUUCAACGCCAGGCUUGUUGUAAAGCUGCCAAAUGUUUGUUUUUAUGGUUGUGGUAGGUCUCACGCUAUUAAUAUCUGGCUAGUUGAGAAUCAGUUGGCAAACUGAUGUUUUUUUUAAUAAAAAUAAUCAGAUGCAUACAUUACAAGAGCCCUGUGCUCUGUAAUGCUUAAGGCAAUAGCUCAUUUGAGCUUUUAUUGCGGUGAUUAUCAACGGUUUGGGGUGUCGUGUCUCUCAUGACCAUUCUAACUAUUUUAUGCUUAGUUUUGAAUAGUGACUAUUCUGACCUCUGCGUAGGUGGGGGGCGCUCUUUUAGAUCUUUAAAGGAGUCCUCUGCAUAGAUGUGAACUGAAAGAGCUGUCUGUGAUUGGCCUUCAUCUCUGUACAAUACUGAUUUUCAUUCAUGUGUUUUAUUUGUUUCUGACUCUAUUUAUGUGAAUAUCAACAAAUAUUUUCUUUAUCAAAUUUUGAAAAAAAAACUUCUAACUUAUUUUUUUUUGCGUUGUUAUUGUCUCCAGAAACAUUUUCGUCAAAUCGAGGGGGAAAAAAGCUGAUUCUGUUAACUUCCAGCUCCAGAAAUGUGAUUAAAAAAACAUCUCUGUAUUAUAUGAUCAUCCAUCUUCAGCUGCAUGGAGUGUAUAAGUUUAAAAGGGUUAACAUUCCUGAUCCUAUAUUUUAUACUUUCCUACUUUUAAGAUUUUUAAUGCCAGGUCAGAGCAGAUGUCCUAGUGUUCGUCCCUGUCAGAAUUAUUGAAACGGAUACUACUUAAAACGAUAUAAAACUUUGGGGAAAACUAAGCCAUAUAAGCAAACAUAACAUAAUGUAACAAAACAUAACAUUUAUAGCCUCAUCUGACUUUGGACCAAUAAUAAUAUUUUUCUUCAUUAUUCCAUUAGUUUGUUUGUUUGUUGUAUAUAUGAUAUUUAAUCCUUGAUUUUAAUAAUCCACGAAUGUUAAAAAGCACCACAUUAACUUAUCGAGUAUGCAGUACAUUUUGUAGAUCUGUACUGCCUUUAAAAUACAUACCUAAAUGUAUAUUUAGAAGCAAAAAAGCAAAGUUUCUAUCUUUGUGAUCUCUGUGAAAGGAAAGACUUAAAUGGACCGUUCUUCUUUUCCAGUUCACACAGUGAUCUGCCUUGUGGCUUUUAGUCCCACUCUAUUCGUAAUUUGCUAAAACCAGGUUUUCUCCAAACACAUUUCUCGAAAUAAUUUUUUAAAGACUUUUUUAUUUAAAGAUGUUUUUCUAAAUGUUACCACACAAUGGAAAAUCCACAUGAAUAUUAAAUAACUGGUAAAUCGGAGUUGAUAGUCGUGCCUUUGACUGAAAACUGUAGUUGAUAGCUGGUUAUUUUCUCACUUGUUUUAUAGACCAGUGAACUUCAAUUAGCAAUCAGUGCUUCUGCCUCAAUUGUUCAGUUAUCGCUUGAGGCUGCUGUGCAAUUGGACUUGGUUAAAUAUCCCAUCUUCUACUUGGUCAGUCUUCUUUUUACGGGAGUGGAAGUUGUCAACAUAACUAUAUUAUUCUGAUGAAGUUCCUGAUCAACUGGAAGAAACACUCAUUCAGAUUCUCUUCAUCUGACUCGCUGACAUGCAAACCCAGUCGUGAACAUGUUACCUGCUUUUCCUAUAUGGAAGUAGAUGUGAUAUGAAAGUCUUUGGUUUGUUAUUUCUGUAACAAACUUGCGAAGUGUCACAGGUUAGCCUGGUGUAUGGAGGGAAAUAAGGCGGUGACUUGUUUUGUCUGUUUUAUCUGUUUUUGUUUAAAAGAAAAUAUUUUAUCAAGUUAAAAUGUAGUACAGUCUACAUUAUAUUUUGUGUUCAUGUAGGCAUUUGUACUCCUGCAGUUACUUUUUCUGUAUUCUUGCUGUUAUCAAUAAAAUAGAUCGUUGUUCUAAAAACAAA